GUACAUUCUGAAUGGAGAUCCGGAAUGAUAAUAUUUGCAAUAUUGUGGUUAUAUGUUAUAGUUGCUGUUAUGAUUGAUUUGGUUACAAAUAUUUCCAACUCGGUUUUAAAUUUUGAAUACGAGUUUACUCAAUGGGACUAUUUAAUCCUUGCUG